CGCUGGGCGCGGCGCCGCACUCACCUGACGAAGCCGCAGGGUCGGGGACGAGAGGAAGGCGUCGACCGAAACCGUAAAAGGUUUUCUCCCGCCAGAGGAAGCGUUGUUACAGGUUUACCCCUCAGACUGACUGAAGAUGAGUGAUUUAGAGAAAAAGGAGGGCAGAGUAGAGUCUCCAGUAUUCAGCCAUCCAUUUGUGAAGAGUGACUGGUCCAAAGAAGAUCCUCUGGGCCUCAGUAAUGAACCUGGACCCUCAGACACAAAGACUUCUGUGGAGGAGCAGCUGUCCUGGUGUGCUUUGCACGUGCCGAAGGAGCCAGUCUCUACCAGCUGUGGACACUCGUUCUGCAGACAGUGCAUCACCUCAAACCGGAACCAGUCUGGUUCAUCAGGAGACUCCUUUUGUCCCCAGCGUGGACAAGGAUCCAGAGCAAGACCUCAACUGCAGACAGCCAGUCCGACCAGCACUGUACAAAUAAGUAGUGGUCUGCAGGAGGUUUUAGAUGAACAUAAGAUAAGUCUGAGGAGGAGAUGUGAACAGGUGACUGAAGGAACUGCUGAAACAGGAAGAGGAACCCUCCUCAACAGGAUCUACACUGAGCUCUACAUCACAGAGGGACAGAGUGAAGAGGUAAAUACCCAACAUGAGGUGAGGCAGCUUGAGACAGCUUCAAAGAUGGAGACCCUCCAUGACACUCCAAUCAAGUGCCACAACAUCUUUAAAGCCUUACCUGACCAACAGAGACACAUCAGAGUUGUUCUGACGAACGGCGUCGCUGGUGUUGGAAAAACCUUCUCAGUGCAGAAGUUCACUCUGGACUGGGCAGAGGGCUUUGAAAACCAAGAUAUCAGUCUGCUGAUUCUACUUUCGUUUAGGGAGCUGAACUUGAUCAAAGAUGAGUGGUACAGUCUUCUCAUGCUGCUCCAUGUUUUCCAUCCAACAUUGCAGAAGGUCACAGCAGAGAAGCUCGCUUUCUGUAAAGUUUUGUUCAUCUUUGACGGCCUGGAUGAGAGCAGACUUUCACUGGAUUUUGACAGAAGAAAAGUUGUGUCUGAUGUCACGCAGAAAUCAUCAGUCAACGUGCUGUUGACAAACCUCAUCCAGGGAAAUCUGCUUCCGUCGGCUCUUGUCUGGAUAACUUCCCGACCUGCAGCAGCCAAUCAGAUCCCUCCUACAUAUGUUCACAGAGUAACAGAAGUACGAGGCUUCACUAACGCGCAGAAGGAGGAGUACUUCAGGAAGAGAUUCGGUGAUGAAGAACUGUCCAGCAGAAUCAUCUCGCACAUCAAGACAUCCAGGAGCCUCCACAUCAUGUGUCAAAUCCCAGUCUUCUGUUGGAUCACUUCUACAGUUCUGGAGGACAUGUUGGCCACAGACCAGACAGGAGAGCUGCCUAAGACCCUGACUAACCUGUACUCACACUUCCUGCUGGUUCAGAAAAAGAGGGAGAAGCACAAGUAUGAUGAGGUGAAUGAGAUGUGUCCACAGGAGCUGAUGGACGCUGACAGGGAAGUUCUUCUCAAGCUGGGGGGGCUGGCGUUUAAACAUCUGGAAAAAGGAAACAUCUUGUUCUACCAAAAAGACCUGGAGCAGUGUGGUCUUGAUGUCACAGAGGCCACGGUGUACUCAGGAGUUUGUACAGAGAUCUUCAAAAGAGAGCAUGUGAUCUUCCAGAAAACAGUCUACUGCUUUGUUCAUCUGAGCAUUCAGGAGUUUCUGGCUGCGGUCUACAUGUUUCACUGUUAUCUCAACAGUAACACAACAGUCCUGAAGGCUUUCCGGGGAAAAGACUACAAACAUAGAGACUCAAACCCAAACUCUUUUCUCAAGAAGAUAUCUAAAAUUUUUGGAAACCAUGAUAGCCGUUAUCCAUCUCUGGAUGUCUUCCUGAGGAGAGCCAUGGAGAAAUCCCUUGACAGUAACAGUGGCCACCUGGACCUGUUUGUUCGCUUCCUUCAUGGCCUCUCUCUGGAGUCCAACCAGAGACUCUUAGGAGGCCUGCUGGGUCAGACAGAGAACAGUCCAGAAAUCAUCCAGAAAGCCAUCGACAACCUGAAGGAGAUGAACAUGUACGAAAUCUCUCCUGACAGAAGCAUCAACAUCUUCCACUGUCUGAUGGAGAUGAACGACCACUCAGUACAUCAGGAGAUCAUGGAGUUCAUGAAGUCAGAGAACAGAUCAGAGAAGGAACUCUCUGUGAUCCACUGCUCGGCUCUGGCCUACAUGCUGCAGAUGUCAGAGGAGGUUCUGGAUGAGUUGGACCUGAACAAGUACAACACAUCAUACCAGGGACGACUGAGACUGAUCCCAGCUGUGAGGAACUGCAGAAAGGCUCAACUUGCUGUGUGUGAGCUCUCAGAGACUCACUGUGAAGUGGUGGCCUCAGCUCUGAAGUCCAAUCCCUCCCAUCUGAGAGAACUGAUCCUGAGUGGGAACAAUCUAAAGGAUUCAGGAGCGAAGCUGCUGUCUGCUGGACUGGAGAGUCCAAACUGUAGACUGGAGAGUCUGAGAUUGAAUGGCUGCAGGUUGUCAGAGAUCAGCUGUUCUUCUCUGGUCUCAGCUCUGAAGUCCAACCCGUCCCAUCUGAGAGAACUGGAGCUGAGUGGAAACAACCUGCAGGAUUCAGGAUUGAAGCUGCUGUGUGGUUUUCUGGAGAGUCCAGACUGUAGACUGGAGACUCUGAGAUUGAAUGGCUGCAGGUUGUCAGAGAUCAGCUGUUCUUCUCUGGUCUCAGCUCUGAAGUCCAACCCGUCCCAUCUGAGAGAACUGGAGCUGAGUGGAAACAACCUGCAGGAUUCAGGAUUGAAGCUGCUGUGUGGUUUUCUGGAGAGUCCAGACUGUAGACUGGAGACUCUGAGAUUGAGUGGCUGCAGGUUUUCAGAGAUCAGCUGUUCUUCUCUGGUCUCCGCUCUGAAGUCCAACCCGUCCCACCUGAGAGAACUGGAGCUGAGUGGAAACAACCUGCAGGAUUCAGGAUUGAAGCUGCUGUGUGGUUUUCUGGAGAGUCCAGGCUGUCGACUGGAGACUCUGAGAUUGAGUGGCUGCAGGUUGUCAGAGAUCAGCUGUUCUUCUCUGGUCUCAGCUCUGAAGUCCAACCCGUCCCACCUGAGAGAACUGGGGCUGAGUGGAAACAACCUGCAGGAUUCAGGAGUGAAGCUGCUGUGUGGUUCUCUGGCGAGUCCAGACUGUAGACUGGAGACUCUGAGAUUGAGUGGCUGCAGGUUGUCAGAGAUCAGCUGUUCUUCUCUGGCCUCAGCUCUGAAGUCCAACCCGUCCCACCUGAGAGAACUGGAUCUGAGAGACAACAACCUGCAGGAUUCAGGAGUGAAGCUGCUGUGUGUUUUUCUGGCAAGUCCAGACUGUAGACUGGAGACUCUGAGAUUGAGUGGCUGCAGGUUGUCAGGGAUCAGCUGUUCUUCUCUGGCCUCAGCUCUGAAGUCCAACCCGUCCCACCUGAGAGAACUGGGGCUGAGUGGAAACAACCUGCAGGAUUCAGGAUUGAAGCUUCUGUGUGGUUUUCUGGAGAGUCCAGACUGUAGACUGGAGAUUCUGAGAUUGAGUGGCUGCAGUUUGUCAGAGAUCAGCUGUUCUUCUCUGGCCUCAGCUCUGAAGUCCAACCCGUCCCACCUGAGAGAACUGGAUCUGAGAGACAACAACCUGCAGGAUUCAGGAGUGAAGCUGCUGUGCGGUUCUCUGGCGAGUCCAGACUGUAGACUGGAGACUCUGAGGGUCGACACCAGGCAGAUUAAAGCUUCCACAGACAAAACAUUGAGUGUGCAGCGUGCUGCCGAAAGAGAUUUGUGCUCAGAGAAUCCAUCAUCGUCAAACAAAGGUGGCUCUGAUGUUGAACUGGACCCGAACACAGCAGACACAAAGCUGGGUGUGUCUGAGGACGACACAGAGCUGAUGGAGCCACCAUCAAGCUUCACGCCUGUACUGCAAAUUGAAUCUGCACAAGUCUCAUACAGGUAUGCCAGCAGCUGCCAGUCCCGUGCAGAGGCCAGAACCCCUGCAGAUCAUUUCUCAAUGGGAGCUCUGAUAAAGAUGAAGUGGUGCUUGGAAGGUUGGGCCUUUCUUGCUCUCAUCAUCAUCAUCACUUACUGCGCGGUGCGCUUUGAUAUGUUCAGGUGUCCUGGUCCAGGUGGGUUUCAGUGUACUUCGACUGGACUGGUGUUUGUUAUGGCCCAGGAGGCGGAGCUGCUCUACAGGACUGUCCAGUGGGAUGAGAGCCUCCUCCAGUCAGCUGGCAAGUUGGCUGCAGGGCCGCUGUUCAAUAUCCAGUGUCCUGAGGAUGCUGUCUGUCAACUCCACCUCCCACACUGUGAAACAAGGGAUGCUCUGCUCUCUGAAGGCCUGCUGUCUGUCGUCCACAUCACCGAUGACGGAAUGAGCAUCCUCGACCCGCUGGAUAUCACAGACACCCAUGUGAUCGUCAAAGUCCCUCAUCUGUCUGCAUUCGGCCUCGUCUGGGCUUUGGAGAUUUUGGGGAGGAUUUGGAACAACAUGAAACCAAUUAGCGGCCAAAUUUUGCUGUUCCUCCGGCCACUGAACCCAAAAACACAGAGGCAAAACCUCAACGUGUUUCUCCUGCCACGCAACAUCCCUCUGGAAGAGGUGAGCGCCAAACAGCGGAAUUCUGAGUACAUCCAGGCGCCUUCCAAAUGCAAACUCAUCAUAGAUCAAAGUUACACAGUUCAGUGUCCGAAAGCCUACAAAAUACAGCCUGAGAGAGAAGAUUUUGACCUGGAUUUCGGACCAAAUUACCACCCAACGUUUGAGAUCCGCCUGCCCAUAAACACAGAAGAAGCGACUAUAACUGUCCGAGACCAAACAAAUACAGAUGUCUGGGAGCGGGAAGUUGACCUGACUGGUCCUGGUCCAGCAAGGACUUCUAGUGUCCAAGCAGACCGAAGUGUCCCAGUAUGGACUACGAAUAUCACAGCUGGGACUCCGAGUGUCCCGGCAGGGACUCUGAAUGUCCCAGCAUUCACUCCGCGUGUCCCGGCAGGGACUCUGAAUGUCCCAGCGUGGGCUCCGCAUGUCCCAGCAGAAAAGAAGCUGAUGUCUGUUCGGACGCAGUUUAUCGACAGGGUGUCUGAACCCGUUCUGCGUAAGCUGCUGGAUAGACUCCUGGAGCUCGGGGUGAUAACUGAUGGGGAAAUGGAGUCUGCUGGAACGCGGAACAGGGCGGACAAAGCUCGAGCGGUGAUCGACACGGUGCGAAGGAAAGGAUCACAAGCCAGUUCAGCUCUGAUCGCUGCUCUCUCUGAGGAGGACUCGUGCCUUUCGACAGAGCUGAGCUUGAUGUGAAGCAGAAGCUGUGCGUAUCCGGGUGUUUCUGUCUCACACCAACCCAUUUUGAAUUCUGAAGUUUUUACCCUUAAACUCUUUCUCUAUUGAUUAAGAACAUUUGGUUAAAACCUUAAAACUCCUGAAUCGGGGCUACCUGUACUGUGCACAUGGUUCACAUGAUAAAUUCAGUGUAAUGUAUAUUUCCACAGUACUAAUUGCAUCAUUACAACAACAGUCAUUUGGAGGUGGACCCUGUGUUCUCCGUACUGGAAUUGAAAGUCUACCCUGCUUUGUCUCGUUGAAGAUUUGUAUAUUGAUACAAAUGCGGCUGUGCAAUUACUGA